AUGGUGGUGCGUCGUGGUGGUGCGCGGCGGGCGGGCGGCCGGCGGCUAGCGGUACAUGGCGACGUCGGGGCUGCGGUAGAAGCACAUGUAGCCGUCGGCCAGCAGGCGGCGCGCGUGCGCGAGCUGGCGCGCGGCGGGCGCGGCGGCCGGCGGUCGGUACAUGGCGACGUCGGGGCUGCGGUAGAAGCACAUGUAGCCGUCGGCCAGCAGGCGGCGCGCGUGCGCGGGCAGCUGGCGCGCGGCGGGCGCGGCGGCCGGCGGCUAGCGGUACAUGGCGACGUCGGGGCUGCGGUAGAAGCACAUGUAGCCGUCGGCCAGCAGGCGGCGCGCGUGCGCGGGCAGCUGGCGCGCGGCGGGCGCGGCGGCCGGCGGCUAGCGGUACAUGGCGACGUCGGGGCUGCGGUAGAAGCACAUGUAGCCGUCGGCCAGCAGGCGGCGCGCGUGCGCGGGCAGCUGGCGCGCGGCGGGCGCGGCGGCCGGCGGCUAGCGGUACAUGGCGACGUCGGGGCUGCGGUAGAAGCACAUGUAGCCGUCGGCCAGCAGGCGGCGCGCGUGCGCGGGCAGCUGGCGCGCGGCGGGCGCGGCGGCCGGCGGCUAGCGCACAUGUAG